AGCUGAGAGGAGCCGGUGGAAUAAGAGCCCUGAACUCGCGGGGUGCGCGCUCACUCGCUCUCGGGCGCGCGCACACGGCUGCGAGGGAGGGAAAGAGCGAGCGAGCGAGCGCGAGAGGGGCGUCGUCGGAGUCUCCACACGGAGCGGCUGGCCGCGGGCGAACGGAGAGCAGGCAGAGGAUGGCGCUCUCGUUGCCGGUCAACGGGGUGAAGGAGGGCGACAAGGAGCCGCUCAUCGAGCUCUUCGUCAAGGCCGGCAGUGAUGGUGAAAGCAUAGGCAACUGCCCCUUCUCUCAGAGACUCUUCAUGAUUCUGUGGCUCAAAGGAGUGGUUUUUAGUGUAACAACGGUUGACUUGAAAAGGAAGCCUGCAGAUCUUCAGAACUUGGCUCCAGGGACUCACCCACCCUUCAUAACCUUUAAUAAUGAAGUGAAAACAGAUGUGAACAAGAUUGAAGAGUUCCUUGAAGAAAUCCUCUGCCCACCCAAGUAUUCAAAGCUUUCACCAAAGCACCCAGAAUCAAACACUGCUGGAAUGGACAUCUUUGCUAAAUUUUCUGCGUUUAUCAAGAAUUCCAGGCCCGAAGCAAACGAAGCCUUGGAAAGGAGCCUUCUGAAAACCCUGCAGAAGCUGGAUGAGUACCUGAAUACCCCUCUCCCAGAUGAGAUCGAUGAGAACAGUAUGGAGGAUGUCACGGCUUCCACCCGCAAGUUUCUGGAUGGGGACGAGAUGACGCUAGCAGACUGCAACUUGCUGCCCAAGCUGCACAUUGUCAAGGUGGUGGCUAAAAAAUAUCGAAACUUCGACAUUCCCAAAACGAUGACUGGGAUUUGGAGAUACCUGACGAAUGCGUACAGCCGCGAUGAAUUUACCAACACUUGUGCUGGAGACAAAGAGAUUGAAAUAGCUUACAGCGAUGUAGCCAAGAGACUCACUAAAUAAGCAACACUUCAUACACACUCAUAACAAAGCUUCUUUUAACAGACUGCUCCCCCUUUUUUUGUCUUUUUAAGAUAGCAAUUUUCUUUGCAUGUACUUGCAGUUAUUCAGUGUUACGUCAGGUAGACCGGAGACAGUAAUUUGUUUUUAAAAAUGCAAACCGAUGUUAUGCCGCUUACUUUUUUUUGCCUCCUGUAAUGAGGCGAAUGCAGUGGUUAAUUUUGCAGUGAAGCGAUUUUGCUGAGUGGGCCCCUGUGCACUACCAUGGUCAGCAGGUGUUGAUCCCAUAUUAAUUUGAGGGCCAGUUUACAUAGUCAGAUGAACUAGGCGGUAAAACUUUUCCUGGACUGAACCACUUUCGGUGGCAGGGAGUGCAUUUAAAAACUCUCAAACUCUCUCUCUCUCUCUCUCUCUCUCUUUCUCUUUCUGUGUCUUGUUGGGGAGAUUGGUUCAUCCUUACCCUUUUCUGCCAUAAUAUUUUUAUGUGCAGGGAGUUCUUUUUUCAUUGGGGGAUAUAUACACAGCCUCCCAACCCCCUUUGCCAGAGGUGGUUCAGUCUCCUCUUGAUACUGCUGUAAACUGGCUCUCAGAUCUGGGAUUCUCAAAUCUGUGUAAGAAGCACUUCUUGAUGGUGGUUCAAGGAUUCUUUCUCUAUUUGGGGAAUGUUGGGGCAAUUUUGUGGACCAGAGCUCUUUGAAACACUGUCCCUGCUGGUCUCUCUGAACAGUGUACAAGGCUCUUACUGCCUCGCCAAAAAGAAGUACUUGUGAAAUACUUGGGCAAAUGUCUUGCAAAGUUUGAACAAACUCAAAUACCAGGGACUGUUGCCCACCAUGCUGUGUUCUGGGAGGGAGACAGGUGACGUGUAAUCUUCAUUGCGUAUUCUUGCACAAGUCUGAUAUCUUGCUGUGGGUCCUCCGGACAAUUGGAUCAGAGCCCCAAAAUCUUCCUUGGACACAAAGUGUCACUAUAAUUGCAGGAAGUCUUUCCCUAAUGAUGAGAAACAAUAACCGAAGGGCAAGUGGCUUUUUUUAAGGCUCCAAGAGGCUUGUCAAUAUGUAGGAUUUAUUUCUUAUUCAAAAAUCUGAGCUAUCAAACAGCCUAGAGAAGCCUGAAGUUUCUACUCAAGAAGUAGCGACUCUUAACGUUGCUGGCUAGAAACGCAGUGGCCGGGUGUUGGGUAGGCUUCCUUUUCGCUUUGCGAAAGUCAGAAUCCUGCUCUUUUUUAAAAUUUUAACGAUGUGCAAGUGGCCUUCCAAAACCAACGUCUUUGCCUUAACAGACCAUGUGCAUAAUUCCAUCACAUUGAUUCUCUCCCCAGGAGCAAGCCAAGGGUGAAGUUUCCAACCCGUCUUUCAUUAGUUUCCUUGUCUGACGGUUGCAUCUGCACCUGAUCUAUCAUUUUACCUGCCAUAAUCAUGAUAUGUUCGAGGCCGUUUUGUCUUUUUAUAUAUAUAUAUAACAAUAUCAAGGAAUAGCACUGCAGUUUAAAAAAGCAAAAAUGGCUUUGCGAAACUGGAUUUUCUUUGAUAAAAAGAAAGGCUAGGGCUUAGGGUAUAGAGCAACUUUUGCAUUCAUUUUAAAUGCCAUCAAAGACUCCUCCAAAGAACAUUAGUCUCACCAGCAUACUUUUUGUAACUAUUACAAGAACGUGUACAUGAGUUGUUGUUUUUUACAAAGUGUAAGAACACUUCCUAACUGUCUUAUCUGUCCGGUAGUCAGGGAAUGCUAUUCCUUUUUAGCUUCGUACAGUCCAGUCGUGUGCAUACUUCCUCAGAAGCAAGUCCCACUGGGCUCGCUUACUCGUGAGUUGGCAUGCAUGGGCAGCACAGAAGGGGAUUGUGAAACCAUUUUGUACCAUAGCCUUUUGGUAAGAGACCUGGGGCAGAUCCACACAGAGGCUUCGGGACGCCCUUAAGC